UGGAGGCUUAUUACGAAUUUCUUCUUUCUUGGGCCAUUUUCAUUUCCCUUUGCAUUUCAUCUGCUAAUUAUAGCGAGAUAUGGUGUUUCACUUGAGAGAGGACCCUUUGACAAGAGAACAGCAGACUAUGUAUGGAUGUUCGUCUUUGGAGCACCAUCACUUCUUGUGAUGGCUGCUGUUCCAUAUCUAUGGUCUCCAUUCAUGGGAGGUUCCUUAGUAUUUAUGCUCAUCUAUGUUUGGAGCCGUGAGUACCCAAAUGCACUCAUAGACAUUUAUCGUCUUGUGUCAUUGAAGGGAUUCUAUCUUCCUUAUGUAAUGCUAGCACUUGAUUUGUUACUCGGAAAUCCUUUGAUGCCAGACAUUCUAGGGAUGGUUGUAGGACAUUUCUAUUACUUCCUAACAGUGCUUCAUCCUCUGGCUGGGGGAAAAUUCAUCUUGAAGACCCCUUUUAGGGUGUAACCUUUCUAUUGUUUUUAUUUAUUUUAGCAAUGCAUGCAUUAAACUCAUUCUCAUGAUUUUCUUUCGCUUUUCUGGUAUGAUUUCUAGAUAAUUGAACCUUCAUAGUUUGAAAUUGUAUUUCUCCAUAAACUUGUGGAGAAUUUCACAACUCCUGACAACAGAGACAGACGAAUGUGUCUGUUCCUUGUGUUCCCGUUUGUCAAGGAUGCAGCAAUCUUUGAACCAUAAACCAUUAUAUGUUGGAGGCUCCAAAAAAUGCAUGAUAAACAAAGAUGCUUGAUGCACACAUCACCUUGUUAUAUAACCACUAGCUACAUAACAAACGAGGCUUCUUGUUUCAUCAUGCACAUAAAAGAAACUCGCUUAAAAGGUAAAGCAAACUAUUUUCAAAAUUGACAAGAAAUACAAUGAAAAGACUCGAGCUUGAGCUACCCUAAAUGACUACUAGAAAGUAAAGGCUAAAGAUGAGACCGUGAGGCAUGACCUAAUCUAGAGUGCCAUAUAUGUAAGGACUCAGAGGUAAGAGGUGGAGUGGCAGCAGUAGAGAGCAAGUGGGGAGGAAGAUGAAUAGAGGAAUGCUCAAAUAUAAUUCCCACUUAAGGUCUAUCCCAAUAGUAUUCAUUGUGUGAGGAUCCUACCCUGUCCAAGUUCACAUAAUUGAGGUAGCGAGGGUGAAACAACUAAUAUAGAAUUAUAGCAUUGUGUUUGAGCCUUCUUCUUGCAUGUUUCUACAGAUACCAAUUCUUUGAUUGAACUAUCAAGUGUGGGAAGUGAAUCAAAGAGAGAUGCUCAAACAGGCUCAUAUUCAUCAUCCAGUGCCAACAGAAAUUGUGUUGGACAAUAGGCAUCAAGAUACUAGAGGAAUCUCUUGACACUAUCCCAUUUUAGCUCAAAAGAAGCAAGUUCAAUUCAUAUUGUUAGACAUUUAUGAAUUAAAUUUAGCAAUAGAUUGGCAUUUUCCUGGUGCAUGCGAUGAAUAGUGAUCAUAUAUUGAUAUUGAUGAGCAAGAACAAUUGUUUGACAGCAUUGCGCUAGAAAGUUCAAUAUGUCAUGUGCAGUCUCUAACCAUUGGAGUAAUGUUCAAAUAAA